AUGCAGAAUAUUGAAACCGGUAAAGGUCCCCAAUCGGUCAGUAAACAGCGUUGCAGCCAAGGUGGUAGCGUAGCCACAGGCCUCCCACCAAGCUUCUGCCGUCUGUUCUGGGUGUUGCCUGCCGCCAGAAUCGCGAUUUUCGAGGAUGAAACAUACUCCAGAGCUCAAACCUUGGCCGUUGUUAUCUAG